ACAUUUUGGGUUCUUCAGACUCUUUGGGUUCUUCAGGUUCUUUAGGCUUUUUGGGUUCUUUGGGUUCUUCAGGCUCUUCAAGUUUUUUUCUAGAUGCCAUGAAAUUUAAGAAAGAUCUUAGGAAAGGUUACAAAGAAAAUUACAAGGAAGACCGCGAGGAAGAUCACAAGGAAGAUCACAAGAAAGGCCCUGAGGAAGAACACAAAGAAAGUUGCAAAGAAGGCACUGAUAAAGGGUACAAGGAAGGUCACAAAGAAGGCCCCGAGGAAGGUUACAAGGAAGGCCCUGAGACAAAUCUCAAAGAAAGUGUUGCUGAAGAACAAGUUGAAAUAAUAAUAGAAGAUGAAGUUGCUAAGUUAAUAGAUGCAUUUAAAGAUUUUUAUCAAUCUCAUAAACUUAACCUCUAA